AUGACACAGUGAACUCAGAGAGCAGCCCCAUGUCUGAUUCUACAGGGGACCAUGACAAUGGUGAGACUGUAGGAGUAGCAGCUCCGCUCAGACAGCAGGUUGUGUAGGAAGCUGUCCCCCCUCUCUGCCCCCCUGCUAAUGGUAAUCACUCCUCUCUCUCUCUCUCUCUCUCUAGAUGAGCUUUCUCCUGUUGAGAUCAAUUAUGCGAUGAGGGCCACAACGCCACACAGCUCGCUGGCCCACUCUGCCAGGUAAUGCUGCAGCUAUGACCCAGUAUCAAUCAGUCAAUCAAUCACAUUUAUUUUUAUAAAGCCCUUUUCUUACAUCAGCAGUUGUCACAAAGCGCUUAACAGAUACAGAUGUAGGAUCUUAAUUUGAUCACCCAGUUGCAGGAGGAAAUGUAAAACUUGUAGUGUAUUUGAGGUUUAAAAGGGCUUAUGAAGUUUCUCAUUUCCACUUUAAAAUUUCAGACUUGAUUUUCCCUUUCAAAAAAUUUAUCAACCCCUACAAAAAUGUCCAUUAAUUAUAAUCCACAUAAUAACUCACAUGUCCUGUUGCUGCAGGAUUAUUUUCCUGCUGUAGCAAACUGGCUCAAAUUAAGAUCCUACAUCUGUACCCAGCCUAAAACCCCAAAGAGCAAGCAAAACAAAUGUCAUAAAAUAGAAUUGUACAAACUACAUGUAUGUACUGUACAAACAAAUUAUACAAACUACCAACUGAUAGCACUGCAUCGAUUUGCAACUACAGUAGAAACCAUCUAUUCUAUCCACAUCUAUAUUAUAAUGGCUCUUCUUUCCAAUCAAAAGUUCCUGUAAGCCACUGAUACACAGGGAGAGCAAUGUUGUCUCCUACACAAUCUAUGGCCCAGUUUAAUACAUUCUAACUUUCCUGACCUGACCUAUUACUAAGGUUAUGUCCUGUCUUGAGAACGUGGUAUGUUGUUGUAGUGCUAACGUUGCGUGUGUCCCUGUUGUUGUAGUGCUAACGUUGCGUGUGUCCCUGUUGUUGUAGUGCUAACGUUGCGUGUGUCCCUGUUGUUGUAGUGCUAACGUUGCGUGUGUCCCUGUUGUUGUAGUGCUAACGUUGCGUGUGUCCCUGUUGUUGUAGUGCUAACGUUGCGUGUGUCCCUGUUGUUGUAGUGCUAACGUUGCGUGUGUCCCUGUUGUUGUAGUGCUAACGUUGCGUGUGUCCCUGUUGUUGUAGUGCUAACGUUGCGUGUGUCCCUGUUGUUGCAGUGCUAACGUUGCGUGUGUCCCUGUUGUUGCAGUGCUAACGUUGCGUGUGUCCCUGUUGUUGUAGUGCUAACGUUGCGUGUGUCCCUGUCUAGCCCGAGUCGGACUCUUCCAAUAAGUAUUUCCAACAUGGAGGGAAGGAGUGUGCCUGCCACACCCCUCCUCCCACGGAAUGGACCCACUGCUGUCCGCAACCACAUCAGGUGAGCUGGUCUUAAUCUAUACCAAUAACUGUAACUGUCAAGGUCUCCAACCACAUCAGGUGAGCUGGUCUUAAUCUAGACCAAUAACUGUAACUGUCAAGGUCUCCAACCACAUCAGGUGAGCUGGUCUUAAUCUAGACCAAUAACUGGAACUGUCAAGGUCUCCAACCACAUCAGGGUGAGCUAUUUCAUAGUGCUGGAGCUAGAAGUCUGAAUCUAUCUCAGAGAAAACAGGAUUCUUCUUAAUCUUCAUCCUCCUCUUCCUCCUCCUCUUCCUCCUCCUCCUUGAGUGGUUUAAUUCAUUUUGUAUCUAUCUCUAUUGGUUCCCAGUUCAGACAUAUCCAGCAGGACUACCAAGCAGCGGUCGGACAAUCCAAAGGCAACCCCAGUGGUUCCUUCACAGUCUCUGGACGGCGGCCCCUCCUCUGGCUCCUCCUCUGGCCCCUCCUCUGGCCCCUCCUCUGGCCCCUCCUCUGGCUCCUCCUCUGGUCCCUCCUCUGGUCCCUCCUCUGGCCCCUCCUCUGGCCCCUCCUCUGGCCCCUCCUCUGGCCCCUCCUCUGGCCCCUCCUCUGGCUCCUCCUCUGGCCCCUCCUCUGGCCCCUCCUCUGGCUCCUCCUCUGGCCCCUCCUCUGGCCCCUCCUCUGGCCCCUCCUCUGGCCCCUCCUCUGGCUCCUCCUCUGGCCCCUCCUCUGGCUCCUCCUCUGGCCCCUCCUCUGGCUCCUCCUCUGGUCCCUCAUCAGGGUCCUACAAGGGAGGAGGAAGCUGCCCCUUCAGCAACCAGCAACGUAGCAGCAGAUCAGAGGCACUACUAGACCGGACUACAUCCUGCGACGAGGGCGGUCAUGGUCAAGUUCAGGGUCAAAGGUCAGGGGACAUGCCCUCCAGAGGGGCACCCCCGUACAAGUGUUCCGAGGCGCUGACGGACAGACGUCUGAGGCAGCUGAACGUCCAGAGGUCCAGCCCAGAGAGACAGCUGGUGAACGGACAUGGGGUGGAGCACAACAGGCUGGUUGGUCGAGUGUCUGUAGGGGUGGGAGGUCAGGGAGGAGGAGACAGAGGAGGUUACAGUGAUAUCCUGAUGGACUAUGUGUGGGGGAAGCAGCAGAGGCAGGUUGAACAGGUCCACGGCAAUGGGAAGUUCCCCUCCUCUGUCCCUGCACCUUCUCUUUCUCACUUCAAUGGUUACCCCCACCCUCACCCCCAGCCGCAGGGGCAUCUCUCCGGACCCCAGCAUCUCUCCGGGGGCCCUCCAGCCUACAGAAGUCCCCUGAUGCUCCGGGGGAAGCCUGGCGAGCCACGUCGGGUCAAGGUGACCCGCACCAAGUCCUGUGGUCCCUUCAUUCCUCUCCAGCAACACCAGCAGGAGGCUCUUCUUUCCUCCUCCUCUGAUCCUCCUCUCCCUCCCACCUCCACCUCUACCGGGACCUCCACAGCUACCCUGUACCCCCACCAGGGGUUUGGGGUUGAAUCCCACCAGCACCAGUUGGGGCCUGGAUCAGGACCAGGUCUGAGACCACCCCAGUACUCUGAUUCCGUCACCCCAGAUGACCCCACCCGCAGCCUGCACAAGGCCCUGGCCCUGGAGGGGUUAAGAGACUGGUACCUGAGAAACACCCUGGGGGGGAAGGGACUGGGGCAGGACAACGGGGGACCCCCCAAGAUACAUACCACAGACUCCCUGCAUGGGUCACACCCUCACCAGCUCCCCCACCAGCCCCAGGCCUACCAGGGAGACUACCAUCCUCGCCAACUGCCAAAGUCACAGACCUUCCAGGGGCUUCCACUACAUGGCAGGUUGGUUAUGUCUGAGAGGUUGUUGUGAGUCUGUGUGCUCUCGUGUUCUGGUUGUUGUCCUAUUACAUAGGAAGACAGUCAUAUUGAACGUUAGCUUUUACUCUCUCUCUCUCUCUCUCUCUCUGUCUCUGUCUCUGUCUCUGUCUCUGUCUCUGUCUCUGUCUCUCUGUCUCUGUCUCUGUCUCUGUCUCUGUCUCUCUCUCUCAGGUCGGUAGAGUUGUCUCUGUACCAGGAGUCCUUCCCAUCCCAGAUGCAGGAGCUGACCCUGAAAGAACCCAGCACUGACAGAGGUGACCUGCCGACCCCAGGCACAUUGGUCUGACAACAACAACAACAAACAGAGGUGACCUGCCGACCCAGGGCACACUGAUCUGACAACAACAACAACAAACAGAGGUGACCUGCCGACCCCGGGCACACUGGUCUGACAACAACAACAACAAACAGAGGUGACCUGCCCACCCCGGGCACACUGGUCUGACAACAACAACAACAAACAGAGGUGACCUGCCGACCCCGGGCACACUGGUCUGACAACAACAACAAACAAACAUGUUAUUGACUGAUGACACAAUCAUGUUAUAGAGCACCUUACUGUACCAACAUACAGAAAGGAGAACAUGGAAGACAACAGCGCUGAUAUCCAGAGCAAUUUACAGGAGCAAUUAGGGUUAAGUGCCUUGCUCAAGGGCACAGUGACACAUUUUUCACAUAGUACUCUCAGGGAUUCAAACCUUUCAGUUACUGGCCCAACGCUCUUAACCGCUAGGCGUCUGUAUGGAAGACAUUAAUUUACACAAUAUUUCAUUUGUCUUCUUUCUGUCCAGUUUUGGGAGACGAUAACCAGGUCUCCAUCCAACCUUUUGAUGUGAUUAAAGUACAUGUCGGAUAAAGAAAGGUACAACAGGCCUGAUGGAAACAAACAUUUUAAACGUUCAGAAUGUCGACAUAACAGAAUACGCUAGACGAGGUGGGAUCUGUUUGUGUCUGUAAAAUUAAUAAUGCGAGAAAUGUUGGUGGAAACGUCUUUAUGAGGAAAUAUUGACAUAAUAACCGUCAUAUCGAAGUAAACUUGGAGUCAAGCGAUAACAUGCUGUGUGGUCCUCCCACUAGGACUCAUCCGGAAACCAUGCAGUUUAUUAGGCUACAGAUGAAAUAAGUAAUGAUGAACGUCACAGGGUGGUGAAAGUACAAGGUGAUGAGCUUGAUGCUCCUUUCCAAUAAAUAUCGAGGGUCUUAUUCUGGUGAAAUGAUGAUUGAUGCUUGGCUGCCGUUUGACAAAUAAAAAUAAUCUUGCUAUUAUCCAUAAUAAUCUUAUCAUGUAGGAUUAUUAUGGAUAAUAGCAAGAUUAUUUGUAUUUGUAUCUGUGAGCCGUUGGCUAGAGUGCACGUGCCAAGACCAGAGGGCACAUUAUAUUUUACAUUUUAGUCCUUUAGCAGACGCUCUUAUCCGGAGCGACUUACAGUUAGUGAGUGCAUACAUUUUUCAUAUUCGCUAUAUAACACAACAGUUAGUGACAAAACCAUCAGUAGAGUUCAAAAAGAUGGAAACCCAUUUAACUUGUGUUUUUAUUUCCGUACAUUGGGGAAUUACAUCGUUAACUUUCCCCCAGAAUUCAAUCACCCCCGGACAUUUCCACAGCACAUGUUGAAAAGUAUCACCCUUGUGGUGCAGAAUUCACAUAAAGGUCCCUUGUGGUGCUGAAUUCACAUAAAGAUCCCUUGUGGUGCUGAAUUCACAUAACGGUCCCUUGUGGUGCAGAAUUCACAUAAAGGUCCCUUGUGGUGCUGAAUUCACAUAAAGGUCCCUUGUGGUGCUGAAUUCACAUAAAGGUCCCCAGUGGUGCAGAAUUCACAUAAAGGUCCCUUGUGGUGCUGAAUUCACAUAAAGGUCCCUUGUGGUGCAGAAUUCACAUAAAGGUCCCUUGUGGUGCUGAAUUCACAUAAAUGUCCCUUGUUGUGCUGAAUUCACAUAAAGGUCCCUUGUGGUGCUGAAUUCACAUAAAGGUCCCUUGUGGUGCAGAAUUCACAUAAAGGUCCCUUGUGGUGCAGAAUUCACAUAAAGGUCCCUUGUGGUUGCUGACUUCACAUAAAGGUCCCUUGUGGUGCUGAAUUCACAUAAAGGUCCCUUGUGGUGCAGAAUUCACAUAAAGGUCCCUUGUGGUGCAGAAUCACAUAAAGGUCCCUUGUGGUGCAGAAUUCACAUAAAGGUCCCUUGUGGUGCAGAAUUCACAUAAAGGUCCCUUGUGGUGCAGAAUUCACAUAAAGGUCCCUUGUGGUGCAGAAUUCACAUAAAGGUCCCUUGUGGUGCUGAAUUCACAUAAAGGUCCCUUGUGGUGCUGAAUUCACAUAAAGGUCCCUUGUGGUGCAGAAUUCACAUAAAGAUCCCUUGUGGUGCUGAAUUCACAUAACGGUCCCUUGUGGUGCAGAAUUCACAUAAAGGUCCCUUGUGGUGCUGAAUUCACAUAAAGGUCCCUUGUGGUGCUGAAUUCACAUAAAGGUCCCCAGUGGUGCAGAAUUCACAUAAAGGUCCCUUGUGGUGCUGAAUUCACAUAAAGGUCCCUUGUGGUGCUGAAUUCACAUUAAGGUCCCCAGUGGUGCAGAAUUCACAUAAAGGUCCCUUGUGGUGCUGAAUUCACAUAAAGGUCCCUUGUGGUGCAGAAUUCACAUAAAGGUCCCUUGUGGUGCUGAAUUCACAUAAAUGUCCCUUGUUGUGCUGAAUUCACAUAAAGGUCCCUUGUGGUGCUGAAUUCACAUAAAGGUCCCUUGUGGUGCAGAAUUCACAUAAAGGUCCCUUGUGGUGCAGAAUUCACAUAAAGGUCCCUUGUGGUGCAGAAUUCACAUAAAGGUCCCUUGUGGUGCUGACUUCACAUAAAGGUCCCUUGUGGUGCUGAAUUCACAUAAAGGUCCCCAGUGGUGCAGAAUUCACAUAAAGGUCCCUUGUGGUGCUGAAUUCACAUAAAGGUCCCUUGUGGUGCAGAAUUCACAUAAAGGUCCCUUGUGGUGCAGAAUCACAUAAAGGUCCCUUGUGGUGCUGAAUUCACAUAAAGGUCCCUUGUGGUGCUGAAUUCACAUAAAGGUCCCUUGUGGUGCAGAAUUCACAUAAAGGUCCCUUGUGGUGUUGAAUUCACAUAAAGGUCCCUUGUGGUGCAUAAUUCACAUAAAGGUCCCUUGUGGUGCAGAAUUCACAUAAAGGUCCCUUGUGGUGCAGAAUUCACAUAAAGGUCCCUUGUGGUGCAGAAUUCACAUAAAGGUCCCUUGUGGUGCAGAAUUCACAUAAAGGUCCCUUGUGGUGCAGAAUUCACAUAAAGGUCCCUUGUGGUGCAGAAUUCACAUAAAGGUCCCUUGUGGUGCAGAAUUCACAUAAAGGUCCCUUGUGGUGCUGAAUUCACAUAAAGGUCCCUUGUGGUGCAGAAUUCACAUAAAGGUCACUUGUGUUGCAGAAUUCACAUAAAGGUCCCUUGUGGUGCAGAAUUCACAUAAAGGUCCCUUGUGGUGCUGAAUUCACAUAAAGGUCCCUUGUGGUGCUGAAUUCACAUUAAGGUCCGUUGUGGUGCUGAAUUCACAUAAAGGUCCCCUGUGGAGAGGACUAAUACCCAUGUGAUGUCUUUGCAUUUAAACAGCUUGGAAAAUUACAGAAAAUGAUGUCAUGAAAUUUGAGUCAAUUGGAGGUAUACCUGUGGAUGUAUUUCAAGGCCUACCUUCAAACUCAGUGCCUCUUUGCUCGACAUCAUGGGAAAAUCAAAAGAAAUCAGCCAAGACCUACCUCAGAUUUUUUUUUUUUUACCUCCACAAGUCUGGUUCAUCCUUGGGAGCAAUUUCCAAACGCCUGAAGGUACCACGUUCAUCUGUACAAACAAUAGUACACAAGCAUAAACACCAUGGGACCACGCAGCUGUCACACCGCUCAGGAAGGAGACGCGUUCUGUCUCCUAGAGAUGAACGUACUUUGGUGCGAAAAGUGCAAAUCAAUCCCAGAACAACAGCAAAGGACCUUGUGAAGAUGCUGGAGGAAACAGAUACAAAAUUAUCUAUAUCCACAGUAAAACGAGUCCUAUAUCGACAUAACCUGAAAGGCCGCUCAGCAAGGAAGAAGCUACUGCUCCAAAACCGCCAUAAAAAAGCCAGACUACGGUUUGCAACUGCACAUGGGGACAAAGAUCUUACUUUUUGGAGAAAUGUCCUCUGGUCUGAUGAAACAGAAAUAGAACUGUUUGCCCAUAAUGACCAUUGUUAUAUUUGGAGGAAAAAGGGGGGAGCUUGCAAGCCAAAGAACACCAUCCCAACCGUGAAGAACGGGGGUGGCAGCAUCAUGCUGUGGGGGUGCUUUGCUGCAGGAGGGACUGGUGCACUUCACAAAAUAGAUGAUGAAGGAAAAUUAUGUGGAUAUAUUGAAGCAACAUCUCAAGACAUCAGUCAGGAAGUUAAAGCUUGGUCACAAAUGGGUCUUCCAAAUGGACAAUGACCCCAAGCAUACUUCCAAAGUUGUGGCAAAAUGGCUUAAGGACAACAAAGUCAAGGUAUUGGAGUGGCUAUCACAAAGCUCUGACCUCAAUCCUAUAGAAAAUGUGUGGGCAGAACUGAAAAGGCUUGUGCGAGCAAGGAGGCCUACAAACCUGACUCAGUUACACCAGCUCUGUCAGGAGGAAUGGGCCAAAAUUCACCCAGCUUAUUGUGGGAAGCUUGUGGAAGGCUACCCGAAAGGUUUGACCCAAGUUAAGCAAUUUAAAGGCAAUGCUACCAAAUACUAAUUGAGUGUAUGUAAACUUCUGACCCACUGGGAAUGUGAUGAAAGAAAUAAAAGCUAAAAUAAAUCAUUCUCUCUACUAUUAUUCUGACAUUUCACAUUCUUAAAAUAAAAGGUGAUCCUAACUGACCUAAGACAGGGAAUUUUUACUAGGAUUAAAUGUCAAGAAUUGUGAAAAACUAAGUUUAAAUGUAUUUGGCUAAGGUGUAUGUAAACUUCCGACUUCAACUGUAGGUUCUAUGGCAAAUGUUCAAAUUAAUUAAUUGGUGAUUGGAGUUUUUAGAUGAUCCAAAUAUAUUUUUCCCAAUUCCUUUCUGUCAAAGUGUUAAAUAUUUUCCUCAUACAUUAGAUUUUUUAUUAAUUUAAUUAAUCAGUUAAUGGUCUUUGUGCUGCUAUACAUAAUUGACUAUAGAUAUCAGAAACAACUCUGGACCUCACCACAGUGGGACAGUAGAUUUUCAGGCAGUUUCAAUACAUACAGGUGUGUAGGAGUUUACCUUUCUAAGUAGACCAGCAUUGUUUUUAUGAACACAAACCCACAAAAGUGUUCACUAGGUAUGAAAAAUGUAUGCACUCACUAAACUGUAAGUCGCUCUGGAUAAGAGCGUCUGCUAAAUGACUAAAAUGUAAAAUGUAGGUCUCACCAUUAUGAAUUUUUUUAUUUUAGGACCUUUUUGUUCAACAUCUAGGAGUCAUUAUACUCCUUAUAGAGUAGGUCUACAUUCUGAAAUACACAUUUUCACAUUAAUUUAUUCAACAUUAAAAAUAUUAAAAUUAAAGACUCAAAAGUACAAUUUUAGAUUGUGUAAUUUUAAGACAUAUUGUUUGGAACAAUAUACUCUAGAAGUACAUCCUAUUUCCAGAGUGCUAAUUCUGAAGGUAUGGUACAUUGAAUGGUGAAAUGGAUUCAAAGGGAACUCCCUCUUCUGGUGAUUAGCAAAUGUGCUGUGGUUGGUUAAUGACCUACAGUGCAUUCGGAAAGUAUUCAGACCCCUUGACUUUUCAACAUUUUGUUACGUUACAGCCUUAUUCUAAAAUGGAUUAAAUAAAUUAAAAAUCCUCAUCAAUCUACACACAAUACCCCAUAAUGACAAAGCGAAACGUUUUUUUACAUUUUAGCAAAUGUGUUCAAAAUAAAAAACAGAAAUACCUUAUUUACAUAAGGUGCAUCCUGUUUCCAUUGAUCAUCCUUGAGAUGUUUCUACAACUUGAUUGGAGUCCACCUGUGGUCAAUUCAAUUGAUUAGACAUGAUUUGGAAAGGCACACACCUGUCUAUAUAAGGUCCCACAGUUGACAGUUCAUGUCAGAGCAGAAACCAAGCCAUGAGGUCGAAGGAAUUGUCCGUAGAGCUCCGAGACAAGAUUGUGUCGAGGGACAGAUCUGGGGAAGGGAACCAAAACCAAUUAAUCAAUUUUAGAAUAAGGCUGUAACGUAACAAAACGUAAAAAGUAAAGGGGUCUGAAUACUUUCUGAAUGUAUAAUAAAAUGGGUCAUACAUCGCUGAUACGUAUCAAAGUAGUGGAUCAAUGAAUAGGGCUGAUGGAACAGAUCAGAAUGUUAAAAUGUUGAACAACUAUUAUUUAUUCACAUUUAAGGCGCAGCGAUGUACACACGGCAGUAGGCUAUUUGAAGAAUCUCAAAUAUAAAAUAUAUUUUGAUUUGUUUAACACUUUUUUGGUUACUACAUGAUUCCAUAUGUGUUGUUUCAUAGUUUUGAUGUCUUCACUAUUAUUCUACAAUGUAGAAAAUAGUUUAAAAAAUUAAGAAAAACUCUUGAAUGAGUAGGUGUUCUAAAACUUUUGACUGGUAGUGUACGUUUUUCCAGCAGCAGACUAUGAUCGAUAAUGUCAAAAGCUGCACUGAAGUCUAACAAAACAGACCCCACAAUCUUUUUAUUAUAAAUUUCUCCCAGCCAAUCAUCAGUCAUUUCUGUGUGUGCCUUUCAUGUUGAAUGUCCUUCCCUGUAAGCGUGCUGAAAAUCUGUUGUUAAUUUAUUUACUGUAAAAUAAUAUUGUAUCUGGUCAAACACAAUUUUUCUCAAAAGUUUACAAAGGGUUGGUAACAGGCUGAUUUGUCGGCUAUUUGAGCCAGUAAAGGGGGCUUCACUAUUCUUGGGUAGCGGAACGACUUUUGCUUCCCUAUAGGCCUGAGGGCACACACUUUCUAGUAGGCUUAAAUUGAAUACAUGGCAAAUAGGAGUACCAGAGAGCCCACUCUAGAUAUCAUUAAAAGUACCAGAGAUAUUCAGAUCAAUAUUUUUUAUGUUGAAAAAAGCCAUGCAACAGACAGGUGAAGCUGGGAUUCAAUCCCAUCACACUUUGUCGGCUAUGCACCUUUUUAAAGGCAAUGUUUCCAUGUUUGCAGAGACCACAUAUGUCGGCUAAAUCGAAAAUUACUUUUAAAUGUUGAGCGUGCUAUAACGUGGAUCUACCACUGAUCAGAUUGAAUCCAGGAGAGAGACCAGUGUAGGGACAAUGACAUGACAGCCAGUAAACAGUAAAUCCAUCAGGGAUGGCUUCAGCAGCGUAUUAAAGCUGUCUUCAGCAAUGUCCUAGCUGAAAACUAGAGUUGCAAAAAUCUGGUAACUUUCCCCAAAUUCCAAGGUUUUCAUCCUGGUUGGAAGAUUCCUGGAAUUAGGAGGGAACAAGAAGUAAAUCCGGAAUCCUACCACCAGGAUUUCUGGAAAACCUGGGAAUUUGGAGAAAGUUACCAGAAUUUUUCAACCCUUCUGAAAACCUUUCAAUUGAUGAUGUCCUAUUAUUCAAUUGAUGUCCCAUUCUUUGAAACUCAAAGCAAUGAUUUCUCAAAGCAACUGAAAAAACUCAGAUGGAAAAUUUACUUUGAGUUACACUAAUAAGUUUGUCCCAUACUUCCAUUAGAUUAAAUGAAUCCUGUUGUUGUAGUGGAGAGGUAUGAGAGGAUGUGAUAUGUGAUUUUGAGAAUGAGAAUAUUUAUAAAUGUACAAAAAUGCAACAUGAAGUCGUUGGUGCCAAAAUUCUAUGAUAUUUUUGUACUGUGUAGUUUUCUGACCAUCUCCAUGAAUUGAAACAACCAUGAGACCAGCCAGAUUAAAUAUGAAAUCAGGUAUUGACCUCCCAGUCUGCCAGGUCAGACAGACUUCUCAGACCAAAACACUGGAAUGGAUGAAUGGAUAAGUAUUGCUGUUUAAUCUACCUUCAUCCAUAACAUCUGGUAAAUACAUCAGGAAGUGUAUAUGGGAUGUUGUUCCCACUGUGACUAUUAAAACCUACCCAAACCAAAAACCGUGGAUUGAUGGCAGCAUUCGCGAAAAACUGAAAGUCACGGCAAGGUGACUGGGAAUAUGGUUGAAUACAAACAGUGUAGUUAUUCUAUCCGUAAGGCAAUCAAACAGGCAAAGUGGAGUGUCAAUUCAACGGCUCAGACAUGAGACGUAUGCACCAGGGUCCAUAGACAAUCAUGGAUUACAAAAAGAAAACCUGCCACGUCACGGACACCGACGUCUUGCUCCCAGGAUGACAUUUACAUUACAUUUUAGUCAUUUAGCAGACGCUCUUAUCCAGAGCAACUUACAGUUAGUGAGUGCAUACAUUAUUUUGUGUGAGUAUUUAUUUUUUUUAUACCCCCCCUUGGGAAUCGAACCCACAACCCUGGCGUUGCAAACACCAUGCUCUACCAACUGAGCUACAUCCCUGCCGGCCAUUCCCUCCCCUACCCUGGACGAUGCUGGGCCAAUUGUGCGCCGCCCCAUGGGUCUCCCGGUCGCGGCCGGCUACGACAGAGCCUGGAUUCGAACCAGGAUCUCUAGUGGCACAGCUAGCACUGCGAUGCAGUGCCUUAGACCACUGCGCCACUUGGGAGACCUACAAAAAGAAAACCAGCCACGUCGCCAACACCGACGUCUUGCUCCCAGACAAGCUAAACACCUUCUUCGCCUGCUUUGAGGAUAACACAGUGCCACCGACGAGGCCCACUACCAAGGACUGUGGCCUCUCCUUCUCCGUAGCCGACGUGAGUAAGACGUUUAAGCGUGUUAACCCUCGCAAGGCAGCCGGCCCAGACGGCAUCCCUAGCCGCGUCCUCAGAGCAUGCGCAGACCAGCUGCUGUCCCCACAUGCUUCAAGAUGUCCACCAUUGUUCCUGUACCCAAGAAAGCAAAGGUAACUGAACUAAAUGACUAUCGCCCCGUAGCACUCACUUCUGUCAUCAUGAAGUGCUUUGAGUGGCUAGUUAAGGAUCAUAUCACCUCUACCUUACCUGACACCCUAGACCCACUUCAAUUUGCUUACCGCCCCAAUAGAUCCACAGACGAUGCAAUUGCCAAUGCACUGCACACUGCCCUAUCCCAUCUGGACAAGAGGAAUACCUAUGUAAGAAUGCUGUUCAUUGACUAUAGCCCAGCCUUCAACACCAUAGUACCCUCCAAGCUCAUCAUUAAGCUCGGGGCCCUGGGUCUGAACCCCGCCCUGUUCAACUGGGUCCUGGACUUCCUGACGGGCCGCCCCCCAGGUGGUGCAUGUAGGAACCAACACCUCCACUACGCUGAUCCUCAACACAGGGGCCCCACAAGGGUGCGUUCUCAGCCCCCUCCUGUACUCCCUGUUCACCCAUGACUGCAUGGCCACGUGCGCCUCCAACUCAAUCAUCAAGUUUGCAGAUGACACAACAGUAGUAGGCCUGAUUACCAACAAUGACGAGACAGCCUACAGGGAGGAGAUGAGGGCCCUGGCAGAGUGGUGCCAGGAAAAUAACCUCUCCCUCAACGUCAACAAAAGGAAGGAGCUGAUCGUGGACUUCAGGAAACAGCAGAGGGAGCACCCCCCUAUCCACAUCGACGGGACCGCAGUGGAGAAGGUGGAAAGCUUCAAGUUCCUCAGAGUACACAUCACUGACAAACUGAAAUGGUCCACCCACACAGACAGUGUGGUGAAGAAGGCGCAAAAGAGCCUCUUCAACCUCAGGAGGCUGAAGAAAUUUGGCUUGGCCCCUAAGACCCUCACAAACUUUUACAGAUGCACCAUUGAGAGCAUCCUGUCAGGCUGUAUCACCGCCUGGUACGGCAACUGCACCGCCUACAACCGCAGGGCUCUCCAGAGGGUGAUGCGGUCUGCCCAACGCAUCACCAGGGGCACACUGCCUUCCCUCCAGGACACCUACAGCACCCGGUGUCACAGGAAGGCCAAAAAUAUCAUCAAGGACAUCAACCACCCGAGCCACGGCCUGUUCAUCCCGCUACCAUCCAGAAGGCGCGGUCAGUACAGGUGCAUCAAAGCUGGGACCGAAAGACUGAAAAACAGCUUCUAUCUCAAGGCCACCAGACUGUUAAAUAGCCAUCACUAGCCAGCUACCACCCGGUUACUCAACCCCUUACCUUAGAGGCUGCUGCCCUAUAUACAUAGACAUGGAAUCACUGGUCACUUUAAUAAUGUUUACAUACUGCUUUACUCAUUUCAUAUGUAUAUACUGUAUUCUAGUCAACUGUAUUUUAGUCAAUGCCACUCUGACAUUGCUCGUCCUAAUAGUUAUAUAUUUCUUAAUUCCAUUAUUUUACGUUUAGAUUUGUGUGUAUUGUUGUGAAUUGUUAGAUACUACUGCACUGUUGGAGCUAGGAACACAAGCAUUUCGUUACACCCGCAAUAACAUCUGCUAAAAAUGUGUAAGUGACCAAUAAGAAUUAUAUUUUUUAUUUUAUUUUAUUUAAAUCUACCUUCAUCCAUAACAUCAGUCUUCUUGACUUUAAGUCCUAAUCCACCAUAAUUCUAAUGCAUGCAGUUAUGGAUCAACUCAAUGUAUAGAUCAGAUCAACCUAAAUGUCUACAUUCCCAUAAGCCAUAGACAGCAAUACAUACAUUUCUGUCCAGUAUGUUGCUGAACAUAGAAAAAAUUGCUUGCCGUGCUGUGUUCUCAUCUAUACCUACACAGUUUUCUAAAAUAUAUGUGCUAUACAGUACAAUCUUUGCUCAAGGACUUAAGAGUGGACGCCAUUCAGGCUACAGUGGGGGAAAAAAGUAUUUAGUCAGCCACCAAUUGUGCAAGUUCUCCCACUUAAAAAGAUGAAAGAGGCCUGUAAUUUUCAUCAUAGGUACACGUCAACUAUGACAGACAAAUUGAGAGAGAAAAAAUCCAGAAAAUCACAUUGUAGGAUUUUUAAUGAAUUUAUUUGCAAAUUAUGGUGGAAAAUAAGUAUUUGGUCACCUACAAACAAGCAAGAUUUCUGGCUCUCACAGACCUGUAACUUCUUCUUUAAGAGGCUCCUCUGUCCUCCACUCGUUACCUGUAUUAAUGGCACGUGUUUGAACUUGUUAUCAGUAUGACACCUGUCCACAACCUCAAACAGUCACACUCCAAACUCCACUAUGGCCAAGACCAAAGAGCUGUCAAAGGACACCAGAAACAAAAUUGUAGACCUGCACCAGGCUGGGAAGACUGAAUCUGCAAUAGGUAAGCAGCUUGGUUUGAAGAAAUCAACUGUGGGAGCAAUUAUUAGGAAAUGGAAGACAUACAAGACCACUGAUAAUCUCCCUCGAUCUGGGGCUCCACGCAAGAUCUCACCCCGUGGGGUCAAAAUGAUCACAAGAAUGGUGAGCAAAAAUCCCAGAACCACACGGGGGGACCUAGUGAAUGACCUGCAGAGAGUUGGGACCAAAGUAACAAAGCCUACCAUCAAUAACACACUACGCCGCCAGGGACUCAAAUCCUGCAGUGCCAGACGUGUCCCCCUGCUUAAGCCAGUACAUGUCCAGGCCCGUCUGAAGUUUGCUAGAGUGCAUUUGGAUGAUCCAGAAGAGGAUUGGGAGAAUGUCAUAUGGUCAGAUGAAACCAAAAUAGAACUUUUUGGUAAAAACUCAACUCGUCGUGUUUGGAGGACAAAGAAUGCUGAGUUGCAUCCAAAGAACACCAUACCUACUGUGAAGCAUGGGGGUGGAAACAUCAUGCUUUGGGGCUGUUUUUCUGCAAAGGGACCAGGACGACUGAUCUGUGUAAAGGAAAGAAUGAAUGGGGCCAUGUAUGGUGAGAUUUUGAGUGAAAACCUCCUUCCAUCAGCAAGGGCAUUGAAGAUGAAACGUGGCUGGGUCUUUCAGCAUGACAAUGAUCCCAAACACACCGCCCGGGCAACGAAGGAGUGGCUUCGUAAGAAGCAUUUCAAGGUCCUGGAGUGGCCUAGCCAGUCUCCAGAUCUCAACCCCAUAGAAAAUCUUUGGAGGGAGUUGAAAGUCCGUGUUGCCCAGCGACAGCCCCAAAACAUCACUGCUCUAGAGGAGAUCUGCAUGGAGGAAUGGGCCAAAAUACCAGCAACAGUGUGUGAAAACCUUGUGAAGACUUACAGAAAACGUUUGACCUGUGUCAUUGCCAACAAAGGGUAUAUAACAAAGUAUUGAGAAACUUUUGUUAUUGACCAAAUACUUAUUUUCCACCAUAAUUUGCAUAUAAAUUCAUUAAAAAUCCUACAAUGUGAUUUUCUGGAAAAAAAAUCUCAAUUUGUCUGUCAUAGUUGACGUGUACCUAUGAUGAAAAUUACAGGCCUCUCUCAUCUUUUUAAGUGGGAGAACUUGCACAAUUGGUGGCUGACCAAAUACUUUUUUUCCCCACUGUACAUCAAGCCUCUAAAUCCAGACUGAAUCAUGCCACGUUUCACCGAUGUUUCACCUCAUGUGGAACGGAGCUGAAUUCAGUCAGGAUUUCCAGGCUAGGUUCAAUCUACUGCUCUCUACCCCUCUUUGCUGCAUGCUUGUCUCAGGACUAACUAAAAAAUAGCUUUUCUGCUUGCUCUGUUUUGUAUUCACAACCAAGCUGCAUGACAACAAACAAUCAAAUCUAACUUUUUUGACAAAGCAAUCCAACAUUUCUCUCAGGUUAAAUGACCAAUGGGAGUAGUUGUUUAAUUCUGUAGAUGGGUCGUUCCACCAAUCCGGUGCCUUCUAAGAAGUGUUGAUUUCACCUCAUUUUGACAUUCUGUCACAAAGAGACCCAUGGGCGGUGCACAAUUGGUAAAUGUAAGAGCACAUGUUCAACUUCAGAAAAAUACGUUUUCCCAUCUCAAGAGGCAAAAAGAAAAAUAGUAAGUGCAUGUUAAGUGCCAAAUAAAAGCAACAGGGUUGACCAUAACAUGGUUGACCGUAACAGGGUUGACCGUAACAGGGUGUUGAACGUAACAGGGUUGACCGUAACCUGGUUGACCGUAACAGGGUUGACCGUUACAGGGUUGACGAUUUCUUCUUAAAUCAGCCGUAAAUACCCUUGUGACAAGGGGGAAUGGAAAGCUUGUUGUGUACAACAGGGAGAGGCAAUUGAAUGCAAGUUUCACAAAAAAAAAAAAUACAUUUAUAGUCUGUCUAUCUGUGGGUUAAAGGGUUGACGUGUUACGCUCAAUCUGCUCAGUUUUUCACCACAAAACACCAGAACAUGGCCAGAAAGAGUAGAACCAGUUCACCUGCUUUUACACUAUGAUUUGACUUUUAGAUGUUCAAAGUUUCAACAUAUUAAAACGAGAGUUCAGUUCACGUAAAUUAAUCACCAAUCACGUGAAAUAAAUGAUAAUCUUCAGAAAUGACUUUUUUCAAAGCAACAAAAUUACUUGGAGACAUUUUGGGAUUAAGUGGGUUAAAAUCUCCCUAGAAGUUGAUGGAGGGGCAUUUCAGCGAGCCUUUAUUCAUAUAAAAAAAAUCGGAUUUAUUGAAUUCUCCAUGUGGUCUAUAUAAAAAGGGCACUUCAUUUAAUAUAACAGGCUUUUAAAAUUCUAUAUUGGUGCACAAUUUCUACUGAAAAUAUAAGACACAAAAGGCCCUCUUUUCUUGGAAGGCCCCAGGUGUACCUAGUCUAACACCAAUGUUGUGUUGUUAAUUCAAUGAGUUAUUAUUAUUAUGAAGAUUCUCAGUUUCAUCAGUAGAAUUUAUUGUGGCUUUUUAAUGCUUCCAACUUGUGCAACUUUUAAACUUUGACUUUGACCAAAUACCUGUGAUAUGAGCUGCUUACGGCGUGUGCUUCGGGUGGUCAUGUGACAUGACGUGGCACUGUUUGUAAAGCUCAACCAUGAUGACAAUGAGUUUAUAAUGAUGUCGUCCGUUCGAGUCGAUUACGUUUUGUGAUGUGUGUUUCUGAGGUUUUGUACAGCUUCUCAGUGAUGGGUAGUGAACUUUGAAACAACAACACCUGUGUUUUUUCUAGACUGUUUCAUUACGGCAAUGCAAUUUCCUGUGUUUUUUUGACCCCCUGCUUUCUUUCUUUCUUUCUUUCUUUCUUUCUUUCUUUCUUUCUUUCUUUCUUUGAGGUUG